UGGAGACGUAUCCGGGACAUCCAGGCAGCGAGCAUCAUGAACCGGCCGGCGCGCCAGGAGAGCCCGGCUCGGAGCCCCUGCAGGAGGCAGCAGGAGCGGGUCGGCCAGGGAGUCGGGUCCAGGUCCGGGUCCGGGUUCGGGUCCGGGACCUCCAGGGACGGCGGCGAGGGGUCUGGCAACUCUAUCCACAAGCCGACCCGGAGCAAGCGGCACCUGGAGGGGGUCCUGAGGAAAUACACCAACCCGCUCCAGGGCUGGCAGAGCAGAUAUUUUGUCCUGGACCCCGAGGUCGGCCAGCUCCAAUACCAUCUGAAUGAACUCGGUAAAAGCCAGCGACCCGCCAGAGGCUCUCUGCCUCUUCUCGGAGCGAUGGUGGUCUCCUGCGCCGAGCACCCCUACAUGUUUACCAUUCAGGCGACGACCGGGGACGCCUACAAACUCAGAGCGCCGGACGCCCAGGAGCAGGAGAUGUGGAUGACUCAGCUCCAGCUGUGUUCACGACGCCACUCUGAGAGCAGCGCCAAGUUGACGAUCCAGGCUGAAGGUCAGCAGAAGAGCCUGGUCAACUCGGUAGAGACCCUACCGCCCCGAGGUGGACCCCUAACUUCUCUGGAUGAGGAAUUACUGCUUUUUAAAGCCACCUCUGCAGCCACGUUGAGCUGCCUGGGGGAGUGCCUCAGUAUGCUGCAGCACAAUGUUGUCCAGGCCCUCAACCAGAACCAAAAUCAGAACCAGAACCAUGCCCCUUGUCCCAGCCUCAACCCCAGUUCAGCUGGUUUGAGUCAGGCGGCUCCCGCAGAAAGACUCAAGUCGUGGGGUCAGCGCUGCAGCUCCAGUGUGAACCAGGUGGAGCCCGGGGGCCUCAAGUCCAGGGGUCAAAGCCCGACUCACAGCUUUCGUGAGAGCCAGAGUCCCAAAGACACCAGCAACAGCGAAAGGCGAGAAAAUUACCCCAACCACAUCCAAAGCCAGAGUCAGGGCCGUGAACAUGCAGAUAGUUCCACUGGAUGGUCCCAAUCUCUUUCUGAGAAGCAGGGGAAGACGCCUCUCUCCUCGUCUACCUGGCCGUCUUCCACCCAAACACACAAGGACCCUCCUGAGGGGCAGCAGACGGGCCACACCAGCAGCCCAGAGACUCUGGAUCCCUGCGACGAGACCACAGACACAGAGGAGAAUGAGGAGGAAGACCUGGGAGUCCUGGACGACCAGAGGAGCAUCAUGCUUCACCUGCUGUCCCAGCUGAAACUGGGCAUGGACCUCACACGGGUGGUGCUCCCUACCUUCAUCCUGGAGAAGCACUCCUUGCUGGAGAUGUACGCCAACUUCAUGGCUCACCCCGACAUGUUCCUGUCCAUCACCUCCGGCCGCACGCCAGAGGAGCGCAUCGUCCGCUUCGUGGAGUACUACCUGACCGCCUUCCACGAGGGCCGCAAGGGCGCCGUGGCCAAGAAGCCCUAUAACCCGAUCCUGGGCGAGAACUUCCACUGUUCCUGGUAUGUUCCUCGGGACCGCGUUCGACCUCUCAGGACCGCCAACCGCUCCGCGCCCAACCCUACGCCCACGGCCACGACCACCGUCCCCGGGUCGCCGCAGAGGGGAAGGAACUCGGACUGCUAUCGGGUUGGGUUCGUUGCGGAGCAGGUGUCCCACCACCCGCCCGUGUCGGGAUUCUACUGCGAGUGCAAGGAGAAGAGGAUGUGCAUCAACAGUCACGUCUGGACUAAGAGCAAGUUCCUGGGCAUGUCCGUUGGAGUGUCCAUGGUCGGGGAAGGCAUCCUGUACCUGUUGGAGCACGACGAGGAGUACGUGUUCACGCUGCCCUGCGCCUACGCCCGCUCCAUCCUCACCGUGCCGUGGGUGGAGCUCGGGGGCAAGGUGACCAUCGGCUGUGCCAAGAGCGGGUACUCGGCCACCGUCACGUUCCACACCAAACCCUUCUACGGGGGGAAAGUACACAGAGUCACGGCCGAGGUGAAGCACAACCAGACGGGCAGCGUGGUGUGCAAGGCGCAGGGCGAGUGGAACGGCGUGCUGGAGUUCACCUACAGCAACGGGGACAGCAAGGUGAUCGACACCGCCAAGCAGCCAAUCACCAGGAAGAAGAUCCAGCCAAUGGAGAGGCAGGGAGCCUACGAGUCACGGCGUCUCUGGCAGCACGUCACGGCGGCGCUGAAGACGGGAGACAUGGACGCCGCCACGGAGCACAAGCACCGGCUGGAGGAGCGGCAGCGGCGCGAGGGCAAGCAGAGGGCCGCCAGCAAGACGCCCUGGAAGGCCAAGUACUUCAUCAAGGAGGGGGAAGGCUGGGUGUACCACAACCCUCUGUGGAAAGCCCACUGACCAGGAGCCUCGGGGAGCAGCUGACCAAUCCCAGACGACCAGAG